CAAUGGAUCUCGCUGCAAGAGUUCAGAAAGAACUUGCAUCGGAGGAGAAGUGUUUAAAGAUAUCCUUUGUUCUGACAUAUUUUGCGUUAAUGUAACUGUUAUUAGAAACCGGGUAUGUGCUCAUAUUUUAUGUUGACAAUUUAACUAGUCACUCAUGUUGAGGUAACGUUAGCUGGUCUCCAGUAAGGUAUUUUUUCUUCUUUAGUUCAGGGCAAUCUGCAGCUGCCAAUGACUCAAUGCUGCUUAAACUUGCGGACUUUGAUCUUUUUGCGUUAGAAGUCUUUUAUUCCGUCAGAAAAUUUAAAUAUAAAGCCUCGAUCUAGUCAAAAGCUAUUGAGUUUACAGUCUGCUUAACUGCAAAUAUUAAGUCCUAGAUAAGCAGGUUAAGCUCAUGUAAAGCGUUCAAAGGUUCUGAAAGAUUUACGCUUAAGCUUACAUGUAAGCUUAUCUUCGUCUGAUCUGUUGGACCGGAUUUUCAAAACUUAACCAGAUGGCCAUUAGCAGGUGAAGCUUUUUAACCCCGAUGCAUUUGUCACUGACAACUUUAAUGAUCGAAUAUUCGACUGUGGAAAUUAAUUUCCUAAUAAAGUUUUUACAGGCUUUGCUCUUUCUUUCUUGGAAACCAUUUGAAAUUCGUGAGCUAUGUCAGUUCGCACUUCUUUUAGAUAUUUUCUAACUCUGUUUGUUACAGUGUAUAAUAAUAUUAUGCCAUAGUGCAGUGACAGGCAUGUGUAAAACAAAUUAAAUAUUCCAGUAGCAGAAGGGUUCUGCAAUUUAUUAUUGAUGAUCAGUGUUGAAAUGCUUCAUUCAGAUAUAUACAUACUUGUGCUAUUUAUUGUAGCUCCAAUAACUUUACAUAAUUUUAGGAUGUCCAUGUACAAACUGUAGCUGUAUUGACAAAAUAUUAAUAAUAUUAUCAAGUUAGAGUUUGUGUCAAUUCUUCCUAGUACAUAACUAUUGUAAAUUAUGCAAUAUGGAUGGACAUGGUGUCAACUCCUGCCCUUAACCCACAUUUAAAUUGACAGUUUUAAUCUAAAGCAGCAGACAAGAAACAUGUGUAUUUUUCUCAUGUAUGUACUAGUAUUGAAAUUAUAAUAAUUAUGAGGUUCUUCCUAAUGCUUUUGCAAAUAUAUUAUGAAUGUUUGAUUACCAUUUUCUGUAUUUUGUAAUAGCAAAACAUACAGUUGCCCUUUGUCAAAAUGCACAGCCACUGAGGCAAAUGCAAAGACACAUCAUUAGAUUGUUAUAAUGAAAGGUGUCAUUGAUGUAGACUGCAAGCAGUCUCUUCUUUUUCCUUUGAGUCACAUUAGAUCAAGAGAACAUGUGAGGGGUGAAAAGAAACAGGGGUGCCACAAUCUCUCCUCCCUUAAUAAAGCUUGUACCAUUAAUUUGGGGAAUAUAGUUUUUUGCUAAUGGCACAUGGCUCUGAGAAAAGAAUGAAGAUGUCUCAUCGUCUAUUCAUUAUGGUAUAAUGGUGUAUGUUAGGGCUCAUUUUAUUUUUUUUUCUCACAACGGCCAUUUUUUUAUUCAUGAUGUUUCAACUGCGUGCUGUUGGUCUUUGAUCUAGGUGAUGGUGUCAAUUUGCUGUGUGGUACUGUUAGUAGCACCUUGGCUGCUAGUCACUAUUAAACACAAUUAUAAACCUCACUCAUGGUUGUUAGGUUUUGAUCUUAAGUACAGUAUUGUUACUGUAAGAAGCUAUUCCCUCAGCAGUCCAGUGUCAUACCAAUCAGCUGCUGUGGUAUUUCAUCGUAGGCACACACACUACAGGAAUCUCAAUUCCAAUCCAAUCAGAUGCUACAUGAAAACUUAUAAACUUUACUAUUUUUUUUUAUAACGCUGUGUGAUAAAUAACAUUUCCUUAACAAUGAAUACUGUACUACAGGAGUGCUGAUAAAGGACAACAACAAAGUGGACUGCUUGCUUUCUCUUGUUUCAAGAGACUCAGACACUGGGUAAUUAUUAUGUAACAAAAUUAUCUAAACUGAUUGGCUAUCAGUAGCCCUGAUUUCACCAUUAAUACAUGUAGGACAUUAUGUAACAGGACAGUAUGCAUCAUGCUUAAGUAACUGGACAGUUUGCUCUACUGCAGUUAUCAUUCAUUGGGUUCUUUUUUGUGUUUUAUAGUAAAGAAUUUCUUGGGAGAUCUUGUGUUUUAUUUUUAAAAAGUUAAAUUAUCACAAUUUUGUAAUAAUUAUUACAAAAAUAUUAUUAUUAAUAUUGUUAAUUCAUGAUUAAUUAACUCAUAUUUAAUAACUUGUGUGGAUUACACAUGGGAUUGGACUCCCCUCUGCCCUAUUACGGUUAUUAAUUUUAUUUUCAAGAAAAAAUUUUCAAAGGAUUUCGAGUAUCACUCUUCCCCAUGUUGGCUCAAAAAAGGUCUUGUCCUAUGGUCCCAGACCCUUUAUAGGUUUUCUUGCUCAUUUGUCCAAUGGCCAAGUACCAGGCAAGUCAUCUUCUAACUAAAUCAUAGCCUAAUACAUGCAUUCAAUGUUCCCGGCAAAAGCAAAAUGGAAUUGCAGCUUUUCCAAAGGGCAAGGUGUACUUCAAGAUUUUUCAAGCUCUGAUGAGAUGCCAGAGACAGCCCCAAUCACCAACCAUCUGUACCAUCCUCAUGGCUAUCACUAUGAUUUCAAGUUGCUGGGUUUGUAUGUCACAGGUCAAAAUAAUAUUAUUCAGGGUAAAAUUUUUUAACCUAGAUUGAUUCUCAAUUUUUUUUGUCUCUUAGCCCUAAUUCAUGAAUAAUUAGGGAUAGGAAACAAUAAAGAAAAUGUGGAGAAUAAACCUAGGUGAAAAAAUUUUAACCUGAAUUUAAUUUUAAAUUUUGACCUGUAACAUAUAUAAUAAAUUAUGCAAUAAGGCAAGCAAUUGAACAUCUAGGAAGGUUUUUUAUUUCUGUUUUCCUUUUGAUUCCUAUGAAAGUAUGCGGGGGUCAUGAUCAGAGUAGCUGGGGAAAAGCCCUGUCCCCUGCCCCUAAGUGACAGCCUUGCAUCCUACUAUCCCUUUCCACCCUACUUGUAUAAAAUAUUAGCACAGUUAAACCCAUCCAGUGUAGAGAGCAUUUUCACUCACGUGACCAGCAUCUAUGCAAAUUUGAUACCUGGCCUGCAAGAAGUCCACUCAAUAAAAGUGAGCACCAGAUACACAUACAUGUAUUAGGUUCAUAUUGCACAGAAAAUAUGGAUGGGGAGAACAAUGUGAGACUGUCUGACACCAAUGUGUCCUGUAGUGAAGUGUGUUCAUUUUAUAAAUCAGUGGGGUCCACUGAAGACAGGUUUCUCUGUAAGUUAACAUAAUUUUAACUAACUUUCUUUUUGUUUUUGACAGACUGAUCAUCUUUCAGUGGCAAAGUGAUUCUCAAGAACUUUCUCCUCUCAUUCUUUAUGUUCUGGCAAUCUGUGGACCUUUCUCUUAUGCAACUGUUUCUGGUACAGUACAGUCUUUAUGAUACAAUACCGUCCAAAGCAAAUUACAAACCCAUGGUUGAUUACUAAUUCUGAUUCUGAAGACACCAAUAACAGGGCCGUUGUUAAAAUUUUAACUUGCCUGGUAUGUGCAAUGAGUGGAAUCAAACUUAGCUAAGACUCUUGGUCUUGGUGACUAGGGGAACUCGCCGGUCCCUUCUCUAGUUCUGGCCCUUAGUGACAACCCUGUCAACCUUUUUGAUCAGUGUUUAAUGUAAUAUACCUCUAUCGCUUUCUCAAGAAGGAUUUCGACUAUUCUUUUUAACUUCUUUUAUCCAUUUCAGUAUUCUGUCUGAUAAGUACUGUCAGAAUACAUGUAAUACAACGUUUUUUGGCAAAUUUACAAGGCAAUAAAUUAAUGAACUUUUUAUUUUACUGUAUAUUCCUCUCACCCAUCAACCAGGAGGAGAAGAUGUCUCAAAAGAAAUUACUGGUAAGGUGUAUGAUCUUAAAUAAUAAUUAUUACUGUAUUAUAUUAUUGUUAUGACAUGGGGACAGCUUCUCGACUUUCAACUCAGUCAAACUGAAAAAAGGGGGCAACAUUGCUUAAGACCUUCCAAUAUGUAGUUGGUACAUGCAUGACCUUUAUUUUAAAAAUAAGAAAUAAACAUUUAUUUUUGUGGUUAUUGUCGUACAUUUACAUUGAUACUCUUACAUUUUUAUAAACUACUGCAUGUAGACACUGUACCGGCAGGCAUAAAGAAGUGCAUGCAGGCUAGUGGUAAAACCUAUGUUAAAAUUACGUCCAGUUUUACAUUGUUACUACAUUAUAUAGUUAUUCAGAAAUAACUUCCUUUAUCACUGCUUUUUUUAAAUUUUUAGAUUUAAUUAGAUUUCAAUUAUUGACUGAUGAUCAAUCAAGACUUGUCUUUGAGGUUAAGAAGGAUGAACAAGGAAGGAGUUUCCUACAUGAACUGAACCAAGCUAUAGGAUGUAAGAAAAUUCAUUUAGUAGUUUAAUAUGUUAUGUUGCACGACAGGUGUAAACUGUAACUUCGAACAUUGAUGUGUUCAUUUUCUUUCUUUGAAAUAGUUUAUCGACAGAAGGCUCAUUUAGUUGGAGUACCUGAUUUCAAAUGGCUGGAGAAAUAUCAGCAGAACAUUGGCAGGAAGAGCUUUUUAAACACAGGUGAGGAUGAUGCUUUGAUUUAAUCAGGGCUGUCAUUAAGGGUCAAGCAGGGAUCUGCUUGGCUACUAUGUGUGUAGAAGCAUUCACCUCUGAGGAUGGAGAGAACCAUGAAACUAUUAAGGACACUAAACAACUCACAGAUUCCACACAGCUGAGGUUUAUUGUGCCAACCUAGCUUUGCAGUGAUCCUGUUUGUAAGACUUGCUGGGGCAAAUGCUCUGGUAGGUUCUGAGUCCAACAGUAAUAAUAGACCCUCUUUACAUGAUGUUACAAAGAGGAUAAUCACUGGUUACUUUGAUGGGAAGCCAAAAGAACCUCCUAGCUUUAAAAUUCCCAACCUACUCACCAUACCCAGCAACUGGAAAUCUUAGUGACAGUUCUGGUCAAUUGAUUUCUUUAGAAUCUGUUUGCACUAUUGACUAGAGUGUUUGUGUAAAGAAUUUCCUUUUGCAGUAUGCUAAUUAUUUGAGACUUGAAACUCUUAACAAAUACUGUACUGACACAAUUGUUACUUAGAUAGUCUUGCGCUGUUAUUUACUUGUUUCUGUUUCACUAAAUCACUUUGAUCAGAAGAAUCUAGGAUGAUGUUAAAAAUCAAUGAAUACGUUACAAGUAAUAAAGUAUAAUAAAGAAUUGAUGGGAAGUAAAGAAAUAAUGUUACGCUUUAGGUAUAUACUGUUUUAAGUUGACAAAUUAAGAUAUUUACUUAUUUAUAUUAGAGUACCAGUUUAUUGUCAGUAGUAUUUUUGAUAACGUUACCGCCAUGAUAUGUUUGGUUUAUUUUCAAACAGAUGGCUGGCCAUGGAUUCAUCUUGAUGAGGCAGGCUCAAGUGGAUCUGAAGUAGUUGCAGGUAGGUAUACAGGGCUGUCACUAUGAUGCAGGGCCUGGGGAUUUCCCCUGGCUGCUAUGCAUGAUACCCCCAGCUACUUUCAAAGGAAAAUAGAAGAAAAGUAGAACCAAAAGAAACCCCUAGAUUUUUGAUUCCCCACCUACUUGUUGUAUUUACCCAGCAACUUGAAAUCUUAGCGACAACCCUGAGGUACAAAUGUUAGCCUGAGAAAACAGCCAGUAUGUUGUGAGGCCACCACUGGUUAUGCCACUUCCCAAAUUUGGGUAGUGCUUCUGAUUAGCUGAAGCAAAUUUCCCUUGUGGCACAAGCAAUCAGAAGUACACUGUACUACCGAGAUCUGGGUAGUGACACAUCAUCAGUAAUGAAUUUCUCCACUUGUUCCUAAGAUGUCAUUUCAUGGAAAAACCAGUGAUAACAUUACAAACUCUUUAGAAAUGUAUUUCAUAGUCAACUUAGACAGUCCCUGCAUGGUGUACACUUCUGUGAGAAAGAAUUUGUGUGCUGCUUCUCCCUGGCAGGGGUGUAGGGAGACACCCAAAAAGACAGGGUUGUUUGUUGGAACGUUAGAAUUACCCGGUAUACCAUUAAGGUGAACAAUCUGGGUGUGAAUAAGGCCAUUCUUGAACCUUAUUAAAGUAGAUCCAACACUGCACACCAUGAAUGUGUUUGUUGGUUGUUUUCAUAUCUUACCCCGCAGCCCUAGGCAAUUUUUUUUUACCUGUUUGGGUAAAUAUGAGUUUUCCGUCCUCUCAUUCCAUUCCCACUCUACUUGCCCCUUCUCCACCCCUGUGAGUCUUGUACUGUUCUAAAAAAAUAACAUCAAAAUCAUUUCAUUUUGGAUGGUCACCCACCUCAAUGGGUUUUGCAUACAUUGUAUCUAGUCUCAAAUUAAAUUACAGCCUGUAUUUAAGAGUAACUUUUCACAUUAUUGAUCACAUGUCCAUCUCCAUAAUGUACUUAGACUUGGGGAGAAAAAGGAAGUUAGAACCUAAAAUAGUUCAUGUUCUUUUGUGUGGCUUUGGUACCAAGUUGUUCAUUGCACUAUUCUCUUGUAAUUUGUCUGUAUACAUGUACAUUAGUGGUGUGCUGAUCAUUGAUUAUAAUGAUAUUAUUAUUUUCAUGCUUCAGAAUCCAAGCUUGAUGAUGCAGGUUUGGACGUGUUUGGAAUGCCAGGGUUUUCACCAUCGCCCACACUACACCCAUCUGUAUCAGCGUCAAGCUUAUCAGGAUUAGAUGAGGGAGAUAAGAGUGCCAGCAACUCACCAGCCUUGCCUAGGAGGUCCAUUUUACCUACAAGCUUUGGUACUAGGGAUGGGUUUAUAAAGCUUCAUUUGGCUGCAAGGGAAAGUGAAUACACACAUACAGAAAACUUCAAGUAGGUCACUGGUUUAUUACCCUGUGAGCAGAGUCUCCUUCGAUCUUCCUACGACUUAUCUAGGAAGAUCAAAGGAGACUCUGCUCGCAGGGUACUGGUUUAUAGAUUUCUAAUGGUACAUGUAUUACUAAAUAAAUAUAUUAGACAACCUAACCAACUUGCAAAUACUGGUUUAUAAUUUUCUUGUUGCAUAAUGUAUCCUCAAAGACAUCAGGUCCAGGUUCUUUCCACCUCUAUGCCCCCCACCUUUUUUGCUCCAUCAAGGGAUUGGAAGAAGAGGGACUUUGGGAAUUGGGAUCAUUUAGAGGUGUCCUUUUUUGACAGAAAAUUUACAUACAGGUUUAGAAGCUUUCUUGGCUAAAGUAAAGUGUUGAGUUGGCUUGAACAAGCCAGAAAUGUAUGAAUAUCAUUUUGAAUUUUUUCCACCUACAGCUGUACAGUCAUUGAAACCUUGCUUCCAUGCUAUAACAUGAUUCUUUAUCAAGAAAACAGGAAAGGUUAAUGAUACAGUCAAACCCCAUAAAAAUAUGGACACUAAGGGGGCCAUAGAAAGUGUCCGUAUGAACGGAGUGUUCGUAUUAAACGGGUCAUGUUAUUAAAGUAAAAAACACGUUUUAUUUGAAUAAAAUAGAGCUAUAAAACAGGACAUCAGCAUCAUCAAAUUAAACCUCUCUAACCUUCACAAAACCUUCAUUCUGCGGCUUAAUUCAAGGGAAACACUCAAAAAUCGCUCAUCUAUGAUUAUAUAAAUUAUUCAAAACCGUUCUCUGCAGACAUGUAAAUCGUUUGAUGCCAAAAUUAGUCUGAAAUUGAUGUCUACAAAUCAUCCUAUCCAGUGACUGUAGCGCUGGGAACAUUGACGGGCUGUCAACUGAAGGGUUUUUUUUACCUUCAAAAAGAAAAGGUCUGUUGUACAGCACACACACAGGUCACGUGCUGUAGAUGAGGAAACCGCCGGCUGCAUUUGCUCAAACUUAACUUUGCCUAAAUGAUAUUUAGCCACAAGACAAAGAAAACUGAAAACUGGGUGUCCGUAAAGCGGGAUUUUUUUAAUAGAAAAAAGUUAAAGCUUUUAAUUAGCUCUUAGUUUGUUGUAUUAUUUUUUAUGUAGAGUGUUUGUUGGAACAUGGAAUGUAAAUGGACAGUACCCAGCUGAGGAUGUCUCUCCAUGGCUCGCUGUUGAUAAAGACCCUCCUGAUGUGUUUUGUCUCGGGUAAGACACUAAUACCGUCAGUUGUCUCUAAGAUGGAUACCCCUGCACGGUUUGUACAAUGUUAAAAAGGUCUUGAAUUUUGCUAGUUGUCUUGAAAAGUCCUUGAAUUCGGUCUAGGUCCUUGAAAAGUACUUGAUUUCUUUAUUAGGUAUUGAAAAAUCCUUGAAAUUCACAACCUUGUCUACGCUAGACACCUUUUCUGUAAAACUAGAUUAUUUUGUCCGAGGAAAAUGUGGCUCUGAUCCUCGGUAUAAGAACCUGUAAGACUCACGGGUAACGUAAAAACAUUUUUGUGCAUGAACCUGAGUAUUUUAUUUCUGUUUCUUUAUUUCAAAUGCCAUUUCUGUACCUCAGGUGCAAUGGCAAGUCAUAUAUACUCAGUCAUUUUGCAAAGUCUUGUUGCGGAAAGUAGUAUAAAAUAAUGUGAUCAACGAUGCCGAAGAAUUGAAAAUCGUAAAUGACUCCAUGACGUGUUUUAGCCAAUAGGGUGAUCAACGGGGGUUAAAGAAUGCCGAUUUAUUUAAUAAACCUUAGUCCUUAAAAACUGUAAUUCGUCCUUAAGAAAUCCUUGAAAAGUCCUUGAAAUUUGUUUGUCUGAAGUGGUACGAAUCAUGCCCUGGCACUGGCUUUAAGCGUCUGGCAAGAGCAACAUCUCUCCUCUAGAUUUUUCUCUCUUUCGAGGGGCCAGAAGGAAGAGAAACCUUGAUAGGAGGUGUUUGUCUUAUAGAGGGUCAAAGAAUGUAUAAUGAUGUUCUCUGAAGAGCAACAGGAACUAAUUCUUGGGGUAAUUACCAUGUACGCAGGAAAAUCGAAAAUGACAGUUGUAAAAAUGAUUCGCACCAUAUGGACAUUUGUCCGAGGCACACGUGCGAGGGUACACAUAUGUACCCGUCAAACUUGAAUGUCUUGCUGGACUACCUUUAAAAAAUUCCUGCUGAUUAUGGAGGUAGAACUUUGUUUGUACAUUCAGUGGGUGUCGCGAGAGGUUUCGUAGUUGAGUAAGUAAAAAUAAAUUAAAACUAGAAUUCCCAAGAGCGUCUUACGCUACACCAUGUGCCGUAACAUUUUUUCUCUAAUUGCAUGUAAUUCACCCAGGCUGCUAGCUAAGACUCAUACCGUAAAAUUCCGAAAAUAAGCCCCGGGGCUUAUAUUUUUCAAAGGUCCUUUUUGAGGGGCUUAUUUUUGGAGGGGCCUAUAUUCGGAGCAGCUUCAUAAGGAGAUUUGCGUUUCAAAAUCGAUUGGACUACCCUUAUAGAUGGAAGUAAAUGUACUUUCUUUGCUUUGUUUCACUCUGUAUUUGAGGGCAAUUUUCCAAGUACAAGCUGCCGUGUGGCUUAUAUUUGGAGGGGCGAUUUAACGGUUUUUUUUUUUUUUUGCGUUACCGGUUUGGGGGGCUUAUAUUUGAAGGGGCUUAUACAUGGAGGGGCUUAUUUUCGGAAUUUUACGGUAUUUUUGUCCAAAAUGGGGCAAGUGAAAGAAGGUCUCUGCUGGUAGGGUGCUACUAUUAUCAUUAAAAUUAAAGAAAAGCAAUAAAGAAGUAAAGAAGAGUCACUUGUUAUCAAUAAGUGCAUUCAAUUUUCCUCUAUUUACAAGUUUUCAAGAGCUUGAUCUCAGUGCUGAGACUUUGAUAAAAAACAUCACACCAAGAGAAGAUGAGUGGUUAAAAGUGAUAAUAAAAGGACUUCACCCUAAAGGACAGUACAAAAAGGUAGAUGGAAAUCAUCGCAACUAGCACUAGAGCGAUUUUCGUAUGACCUUGAAAUGAAAAUGCGCGAACAAAACAGAAACAACAAACGAACGGAAAUAGAGCGAUUUGAUUGGUUUAUCGAACGGGUACAAACGCGCGUGGCGAAUGCUCGGGUAAAAAAAACUUCAUGCCUGAGAACUUUCUAGAAAACAAUCGAUACUUCGCUUUGACGUCAUACUGCAACACAAGUGGCCAAUCGAGCAAUGCCUUCUCCAUAUUAGGGUUUUCUUUGGCGGGAAAACGAAGAGUCCAUGUUUUGAUCUUUUCAUCCAUUGGCUUAUGAAACAAAUAACAAACACUUUAAUACCCAAACCAUUUUUUAAGGUCAUACGAAAAUCGCUCUAACAUGCAUGUAGAAUUACUGUAUCGUUAUUUAAGAAAAAAACUGAACCAUUUGAUUACUACAUUUCAUGUCUUUUUUUCGUCUUUGUUUUUGAGAAUAAAUGUUUUCUUUCUAUUUCUUAAGUAUCAAGUGUUUCGUUGACCAUUAUAAGCGAAAGGAAAAAAAAAUUGCAGCAAGUAAGAAGUGAAUUCCAAGACUGAGUCUUUUGAGGCUAAAAAAGUUAUUUUCACGAGGAAGAAAAAUAAGCGAUAAAGGAAAUGCGACAUUUCAGGGGCACCCAACGACAAUUUUCGGGAAAAUAUCUGUUCGGAAGACGAUUUGAGAUCUAGAAUUUUUGGAACAUUUUUUUUUUGUAAAAUUUCUUGCUUGCCUGCCUCGCCUAGGAUUUUCGAACAUCUACAAAAUGGUAUAAUUACCCAUUUUAAUCGGAUAUUUACCCUAAAAAGGCCACCUAGAAUUUUCGGGAGCCUUUUCCUGACUGAAAUUUUCGAAAAGGUAAGUUUUGAUCCCUAUAAUUUUCGGAUCACUAGACUUUCAGCUAGGAAAUCCGAACAGAUCAAAAGUUUUUAGGGGAUAAAAAUAUGCCUAUAUCUACCGUUUAAAUACUAAAAUACGUUCAACAAUGAUAUGUUAAGUGGUUUUGAACUAUAUCCUCGUUGGGUGCCCCUGACAUUUCGACGAAAGUCUUUUUUAUCCAAAGCUUCUCUCGUGAGCCGAAAGUAAGUGGAUUUUUUAAGAAUUCAGUGAGGGAAUUUUGCGUUUGAUAGGUGAAAACGAUUCGUUUGGUUGGCAUUUUACUGAUGGUUUUUGUGAAAGAGAAACAUCGCCCGCAUGUUAGUGAAGUUGAUGCAGAGACAGUAGCCACUGGCAUCAUGGGUCUCAUGGUAGGAACUACUUUUUCUACUCAUAUACAUUGUCGAUAACUGUACUGCAUGUGCUCACAUUGUGAGUGGCUCCUCUUAAAAUGCUCUACAAUUGGUAUAGGAUUUAAUACAGGCGAAACCAGUUGUGGAAUGGCACACAUUUUAGGCAUCCUGCUGAUGAACAGUUGGGACUUUUGGAUCUCUUUAGACUUUUAGAUAUUUCGAGCAACAGAAAUUUGCCGUCUGUUCUCUUUAAAUUGGUAGCCUAAGAUGCAAACGUAUUUUUUGUCGAGCGAAAUUUGCUUGUUUAUUUAUGUUUGUUAUGACGUGACCAUCGAUCUUUCAUUUUAUCACUGGGGAAGACUGAGGAAAGUAGAAAUUACAACCCUCGGGGUAGGUAUUGGGGCGAAAGAAAGAGAGGGGGAGGGGAUGGCGGUUUCAACAUGGCCAUUACGCGAAGCAAAACACUUGCACACCCAAAGAAAACGCGUGCAAUUCUAACGAUUCUCCAGGAAAAGGAGAAUUUGUUUCGGAAAACAAAAAUCUUAUCUUUGGUGAUCGUCGUCUUAAGUUUCGUUACCUAAUGUCUGGUACUGGGUUCAAGGUUCCUACUGUCUACUUUGUUUUGAAACAGGGUAACAAGGGAGGCGUGGCCAUUAGAAUACAAAUCCACAAUACAACCAUCUGUUUUGUAAACUCACAUCUUGCAGCUCAUACGGAAGAAAUCGAUAGAAGGAAUCAGGUAUCGAUUCAGUUUUGUUGUAGAGUGUUCUUUUAGAAAAAUCAAAAAGUGAAUUGAUGUUUUAUGUUAUUUUGUGUCGAGGUUUGCCUUUGCUAGUCAUGCUCAGUUGUCCCAACAGCCUUUUUUUUCACUAACAGGACUACAGAGAUAUUCUUAACAAACUUGCAUUUGAUGGGCAUCAUGGAUCACCGUCUAUUGUUGAUCAUGAGUAAGUCAAUCCAGGCGAUUCCUACUUUCUAACAACACCGGCAUAGGACAACUCUAUUUCGGACAAGUUUUAUUAAGGGGGCUCGACCAGACUUUAGGGCGUUGAAUCCCAAGUUAGACCAUUAACUACGUUGCUAUCUAUCUAUCUAUCUAUCUAUCUAUCUAUCUAUCUAUCUAUCUGUCUGUCUGUCUGUCUGUCUGUCUGUCUGUCUGUCUGUCUGUCUGUCUGUCUGUCUGUCUGUCUGUCUGUCUAAUAUAAAAUGUUCUUCCGAUCAGUUUUUUGUCGACAUCGGAGUUGUCCUAGCAACGUGAUGUCUUCAUUACCUCUUUUUAAUUGCUGUCAUAUUUCUCAGCACUGGAAGUUUAGAUUGUCUAAUGGAGCUUGUGCUUCGGUUUCUACACUGCAGGGCUUGAAAUAAUUUUGCAGCUGGCCCCCCGUCAAGUUGACCGGUUAAACUUAUUUUGGCUCGGACACAACCCGUUUUUAGCCGGACAAACAUUUAUUACGUCAUAUCUCUAUAAAAUGAAAUUCUCCACUAGAAGUGUAAACAACCGGACAAAGUGUCU